UUAAAAUGAAUCCCAUUUUGAAAUCAAAUGGCAAGUCUCUUGUUAAAAAGGCGAAUUUCUAUUAUUUCAGAAUAUCAAAUCUCUCCUAUGAAGAGACAUUCAGACUUUUAUUCAUAAUAUUAGCAUGUAAUUCUAUUCAAUAAAUAUUAGCUAUUCUCUCCUUUUUUGUGUUUGAUGCAUUACGCUUUAGAUCAUACUUGAUAAUGACUGAUGUUCCUGUGAUUUCUUAUUCAAAUUUCAGCAUCAUGUUAUUGGGAUUAAUCAUUGUUCAUGUAAUAAGAAAUUUAAAUUUUUAGUACUCGAAGUGGGCUGUGAAUUAUCUUUGCCAUGAUUUUGUAUAUAGGACAAUAUCUAAAUAAUAUUAAGGAGAAUUUAGAGACGUAAGAGUUAAGAAAAUUUUAAAAUGGCUAUUUGAUGGAGUAUACUAUUCAACAACAUCUGUAUAUAAUGAAAUUGAUUAUUUUUAGAUACUCUGUUGGUAUUUAUUUCAUGAAGAGCCUUGGUAUCCAAAUGGAUUGGGAGGUACCAAUUACACAAGUAUUUGGUAAGACUUUCCAAAUAUGAUAAAUGUAACAGUUCAAAAAAAUAUUUUAGAAUAAAUGGGUUAUACCCUUUUAUAUGAUCCAAACAGCUAAUCAUUUAUAUGCCUUGAUUCACUUGGCUAUAAAGAGAAAGGAAGUCGAAACCAAGUAUUGGGAAUAUAUGUUACAUCAUACACUUGCAACUUGUCUACUCAUCUUCUCUGCCCUUUAUAAUCAAUGUUAGAAUAUCAUAUUUAUCAUUUAGUUCGAUUUGGAAUUGUUGUAUUGGGAAUUCACGAUAUUGCUGAUAUCAUUUUAUCUCUAUCAAGAGCAUAGCAUGAUUUAAAAUCUAUCAAAUCUCUCAUGUAUGUACAAUAUGUAUUGCUUUUGUUUACAUGGAUUUAUACAAGAGUGAUCAUAUUUCCUUAAAUUAUUUUAGAAGCAAUAAUGCACUACUAAAAUUAGUAAAUUAUAAUAUUAAUAUUAAGUCCUGAAGCAACUUGGGGAAACAAGUAUCUAAUUGUACAAAUGUGUAUUUUAUUUGGUAUGCAUUUAUAUUGGACUUACUUUAUGAUGUAAAUUGGGAUUAAUGUGUUUAAGAAGGGUAAAAAAUAUGAAGAAAUAAACACAUAUGACAAUAAAGAAAUUCUAAAAUAAGGUAGAAAUUGA